AUUCAGUCGAUCUAACGACAUCGCAGAGAUAGCACCAUAACAACAAUAUAAACAGACAACAUGAUUUUUGCCAUCACAUUCUUCAUGGGUAUUACGAGCACUCUGGCAGCAGUUUUGGAGCCCAUGAGCUACUACCAGUACACCCAGUUCCAGGCACCACUCUCCUGGGAGGAUAUAACCGGCAAGGGGCUGAAACAGGCCCUCGACAGCUGCCAACAGAGUUUCCAGUGGCAGCGAUGGAACUGUCCGAGCCAGGAUUUCGUGCAGAAGAAUUCCAAGCCGGAGGAAAACUCACCAAAUCGGGAGGAUGUCUAUGUGGCGGCCAUUUCCAUGGCAGCCAUAGUCCAUACUCUGACCAAGGACUGUGCCAAUGGAGUAAUCGCCGGAUGCGGAUGCACGGAAAAUGCUCUGAAUGUACCCUGUGCCCACGAACCCACCAAGGCACUGGAGCAGUACGAGAAGCAUUUCGGAUCGGGAUCAGGAGCCAUCGGUCACAAUCGACGGGUGGUGGGAGCUCUACUACAAAGAUCACUGGAACAGGAAUGCCGGUGCAAGCAACCAGGAGCUGUGCAGGGUGAAUGCCAGGAGGAGGAGUGUGUGGCGGUACUAAAGCCAUUCGAAGCCAUUGCCCAGGAUCUCCUCCAAAUGUACGACGAUGCCAUCCAACUAGAAGGAGCCAGUAGCAAUCUAAAGAUUAUGUGGCAGAACAUUCCCCUAGACUCGCUGGUCUUCAUGCAGGACUCGCCCAACUACUGCGAACGCGAUGCCACCGGAUUGUGGAAAGGAACACGGGGUCGCCAGUGCUCCAAGGAUGGCAGUGGUUCUCUGGAGGAACGCCUCUCCUGCCAGCAGUUGUGCCGCGUGUGCGGAUACCGAGUGAGAUCCCAGCACGUGAGAACCGAGAGGAGGUGCAAUUGCAAGCUGGUCUGGGGAUUCCGACUCCAGUGCGAUGUGUGCGUCCAGCUGGAAAGGCAGUACUCCUGCUACUAAAUGGAUGCUCCACUGGAAAUGGAAUCCAGGAUUGGGGCGCUGGUCGAGUCCCACGAAAACUGUUUACCUACAUUUAAGUUAAUUUAUUUGAUUCCACCUCUAAUUUAUUACCACAACAAAUGCUAUCAAUAAAUACGUUAUUUAACAUAUAUCAUGC